UCAGCUGGGAAUAAAACAUUGAACAGACACCCACGGAGAGAAAACGCUCCGAGUCCGUGGACAUAUCUGAGUGCGCUCCUGUCUGCUGGUCAUGAGACUCGGUGGGCGUGGCUCUGUUGGCUUUCUCUCUGCGGCUCUCCGAAGCUACAAACACACGUGUCCGCCUUCCGUGUUCACCGCUGACAUGGCAGAGGAGGCGAAGAAACUGGCUGCCUACGCGGCAGUGGAUAACCACGUCCAGAACAACCAGGUGGUUGGAGUGGGCAGUGGUUCAACUGUGGUUUAUGCUGUGGAAAGAUUAGCGGAACGAGUGCGUCAGGAAAAGCUCAACAUUGUUUGUGUGCCCACUUCGUUCCAGGCUCGUCAGCUGAUUGUGCAGCACAGCCUCUCUCUGUCAGAUCUGGACAGGCACCCAGAGCUGGAUGUGGCAAUUGAUGGAGCAGAUGAAGUGGACUCAGACCUCACACUGAUCAAAGGUGGAGGGGGCUGUUUGACUCAAGAGAAGAUUGUAGCUGGUUGUGCAAAACAUUUUAUUGUCAUUGCCGACUACAGGAAGGACUCACAUUCUCUGGGCCAACAGUGGAAAAAGGGUGUUCCUAUUGAGGUCAUCCCCAUGGCUUACGUUCCAAUCUCCAGGAUGAUAACUAAACGCUUUGGAGGGGAGACAAACUUACGAAUGGCUGUCAGUAAAGCAGGUCCUGUGGUCACUGACAAUACCAACUUCAUCCUUGACUGGAAGUUUGAAAGUGUUCAGAACUGGAAGGAGGUCAACCCUGCAAUCAAGAUGAUUCCAGGUGUGGUGGAGACGGGGCUCUUUGUCGACAUGGCUGAAAUCGCCUACUUUGGGAUGGAGGAUGGAUCUGUGCAGAUUCGGAGUGCUCCUAUCAGCUGAGAAGAUUUUACCAUGUUCAUGGUCUUUUUCUCCUCUGAAUUGACCUCACUUUUCUCUCAAAGUGUACAUGAUCUUCACCCAAUGUCAGACUAUUUUCAAAGAUUACCAUCUCCCACAGAAUUGGAAAAAUUUGCAGCAGGGAGCUUGUCACAUAUCACAAAAAUCAAAUGACUCUGCAUCACUUCUUUCUUAUUUUGUAUGUGGUGCCUCUUAUUUUUAGUGCUCAAGUGCCGGAUGAGAAAGGGCAGGUGCACUAUUUUCCAUUGGUUCUUUUGUCUUGUCAGACUUUUUUUUCAUGUUUUGAAUAUUUUAAUGCUUGUUUCUUACCCAAUGAGGUGAAUUUUGCUGCAGAAUGAAGAUAGUGUGCCUUGACAUGAGUUUGUCAUGUUAAAAUGCUUCCAAAGCUGUACUUGAGAUAAAUUCUUAAUCAGUUUUCUCUAUUGUUGUUAACAUGUUCAGAAAUCAACUGAGAUAUUGUUGCAACAAGAAGGCUGAUGUGCCUCAAAACUUAGAUUGUUGCAUGAAGCACCAAGAGGGUGCAGAGCUUUGUUUAAACUACUCAUUUCAGUAAGUGCUUUCA